GCUCGUAAGGCUCCUCGCGAGACGGACGCCUCGCGCGCGUCUUCGUCCGUCUCUGUUUGUACAUGUGUGUUAAACCCAUCACCGAUAUAUAUCUACGUACAUAUACACGAGCCCCACUGUUGUACCGCUGCCGCACGCACCCAUCGCAUCGUAUCGCGUAGUCGGUGUAGUAGUCCGUGCACCGCUAAAGAGAGAGCGAGUGCGAAACGAGGCCAAAAGUGCAGCACUCCGCUACCCGCUUUCUCUCUCUCACUGUAGUCGCGUGCAUUAUAAACCGAGGCGGCGAAUUACAAAAAGCUCUCUAAGAAAGAAAGAAAGGCAAAAAAAAAUCAGAACGAUACGACGCACGAACGGAAUCUAAUCGAACGUCGUCGUCGUCGUACAUGUGUGUACGCGUUGAAAAAAGGUGUGUGACUUUAUCCGCUCUCCUGCGAGAGCAGAGAUAUCGUUUUCGCGCGCCAUAUAAGCGAUAAUAACGGCUGAUGUGGUAGAGCAGUGGAAGAAGUAUAAGGAGCAGAAGAAGUAGAGAAAAAAAAGACAGAUCAAAGUUGCAGAUCCUCGUGGUAUUUCCUGCUAUUUCAUCCGACAUACCCUCUGUACUAGAGACGAGAGAGAGAGAGAAAAGCUCUCGACGGACGAGACGAGAGGAUACCACUACUACCAUUACUAUCGGCUGCACUGUUGUACCCGCCUCUACGUGUGCAAUCUGUGUGUAUCAGUGUCCGAGUCUCUCUCUACGUCUGUAGUAAAGAGAGAGGAAUAAAACGAGCCGAGAGAGAGAAAGAGAUAACCAGUGCGCGCGGAAAGUCGAGCUUGCAGCAGGAGUAGAAUGAUAAAAACGACGUAGCCGACUGACCGGCAUUUAACGGCUCAUCCAAGUUUAUAUAUACCCUACUCUCCCGCUGUGUAAGCCACUCUCUUUCUCUCGAUCCCCCAACGAAUACACACACGACCAACGAGUUGUUCUGUGAUUUUGUUUUGUUUUGGUUGGUUCGAGUUUCGUCGAGGUAUAUAUAAAAUAAAUGAAAAAAACUUUUUCUUAUACUCUCGAGUGCUACGAGUGCUACUUUGAAUAUAGUAUAAUAUAAGUUAGUUUGUGCUACGCGGUAGGUAGGUGUCUCUAUACACCACCUGCUCCACCACGGAUUCCUAGGAAAAAAUCGCCGCUGAAAACGGACAAUCGCGCGCGUGUGCUUGUGCCGCUAGUUCCAUUAAAGCCGAAGAAACUGCGCUAAUAGUACAUAUACUGCAGAAAAGGGGCUAAAGCCGGCAAAAGUCUGCCUGCCUGCCUGUUCUUGUAUCAAAAGCUCGGGGCUCUUACGCAGCUCGCUCGCUCGCUAGCUCCUUUUAAACGUCACGGAUAAUUAAUUAGUUCUCGCAGCUCUGUGUGUGUGUGUGUGCCAGUGCUGCCGUGCGCGCGCGAGCUUUUGCCGUUACUGCUGCUGCAGCUCCUGUGUACGCGUGUACGUAUGUACAAAGUCUCGGGCAAAGCGGCGUAAAAGAGAAAUUGAAAGUUCACAAGAGCAGCGGUGGUGCAGUAGUGGUAGUGGUGUUGGUGUGUUAUGUUGUGCUGUGCCGCGCCGCCGCGAGUCAAGGACACAACACGGGACUUCGAACUUCGUGCGGAGAGAACGAACGAACGAACGAACGACGCCGCAUAUACGACUAGUAGUUGGCAGAUAGGCAAAAUAUGAUGCAUCUGUAUGGAAAAUACGAGGAAACAGCUCGAUUUGCCAUUGAUCAGCGGCUUAUCGGGGGAUAAUCUUCCUUCCCCAGCUUCGAGAGAGAGAGAGCGAACGACUUCGGCUUCUGCCGAGCACGUAUAGGAUAGAUAGCUGCCUGCUUUUUUUCCCUCGUACCCGAAAAGUGGUGAAUAUAUAUAAUACUCGGGGAGCUCUUUCACUUCUCUCCUUGGGAGAAGAUAUGACUCGAUCGUCGUCGCCGCUGCCGCCGCCGUCGUCGUCAUUUUUACUCUCUCUCUCUUCUAGUAGAUCGAGUGUAGAGCUCUAGCGUAGGUAGUUGGAGCGAUGCGUUGAAAAAUUCAUUUUCUCUCUCUCCUCCUCCUCAGCAGCAGCAGCAGCCAGCCUGCUCCACAGAACGUUUUGCAUAAGAGCAAGAAGAGAGGAAAAGCGUUCAAUAAAAUGCCGAGAGCCACGACGUCAUUGCCGUGGAGUCUUCUUGCCGAAUAAAAAAAAGCAGGGGCAUGCCGGCAGAAAUAUAUCGAGUCACCUCCUCAUCCUCCUCCUCCUCCUCGACGACGACGCUCCUUUUAUCAAUCUAAUCCAAUAAGUGUAGUCGCGAGUUCUAAUUCUCCCACUUUUCUCUCUGUGGGUUUAAAAGCCAACUACUACUACUUUAUCAAGCCGAGUGAAAAAAAAAAUAAUUGAGAUGUGAGAAGCUUUUGUGAGUGUGCAGUUGUUUGUUCCUAGUUGUAUCACGUGUGCGCGAGUGAAUCUUCGAAGAACGAAGAAGAGAGAAGAAAAAUCAGCGUCAUUCGAUAAACGAGAGGCGUGUGUACGUGCGUGCGGUGCUCCGAAUCCUCGAGAGAGAGGAAAGAAAGAGAGGCGGUGGUAAAGAGGAAGAAGGCGAUGACGGAGUCGUGAAACGUGGCGAAGGCGGGCAAUGACGACGGCUGCUCAGCUAGUAGCCCUGACGACGAGAUGCUCGGAGCUAUCGACGAGAGGAAGAACAAGAUCUCGAUCUGUCUUAUUAACGACGACGAUCGCGUUGCUGAUGUGCUCGUCGCUCACGACGUCGUCCUCGUCGUCGUCGCCGGCGUCGACCGCAGCAGCCGUAGCCAAAAACAGCGGCUCGUCGUCGUCGUGGCCGCAACAGCAGCAGCAGCAGACCGUUUGCAACAACGACAGUCCAAAUUGCAGCAGCGUCAACAACGCGACGCUGCCUAUGAUAAUAAUACAGAGGAUAGCGCGGCAGAGCAGCGACGCGACGAGAUAGCAGCAAGAGCAUCGUGUCGUCGUCCGAGACGAUGGCAACAAUUACAGAAAGGACUCGCUCGAUUAUGGCACGUCGUCAUCGUCGUUGUCGUCGUCGAAUCAGCAACGCGACGUGACGAUGAGCACGAGUGUCAACGACGACAACAACAACAACAACAAGAGAUCAAACGUAUUGUCCACGGACUACAGAGCUCGAGGUAGUCCAGGCGUGGCGGGGGGCGACUACGUAAGUUACGACAUUAUGAACACGUGGGACGUUGCUCGCGACGACUCUCUGACGACGACGACCUCGACCACUACUACGAUAAUAUUAUCGAGUGCGCAGACAGGUGAUAUCGCCCAAGUGGCAUCGUCCUCGGAAGCUAAUAGUAAUAGUGAUAAUAAUAAUAAUAAUAAUUGCCGCGACCAAGACAGUAUCGACUCGUGCGUCGAGGAACAGGAGGAGAUCGAGGAAGACAUGAGCGUCGCUGGUAAUAACAUGGAUUACGACGACGCGAUGAUGCAGCAGCAGGUGGACGGCGCGGGCAGCCAGCUGCUCUUCGGUUACGGCGCCCUGACGGCCUUCGACGCCGCGUUCAACGGCACGUUCUCGGACAGCGCGAUCGUCGACUUAGCCGGCGGUUCGAAUCUCAGCGACUGGAACUCGAGCCUGUACAACGACAGCUACAUCCUCGAGGGCACCUAUCCGUCGGGCUACGGGCUGCCGCACAUCAUCUUCGCCUCGAUCGUCGUCACUCUGCUGAUGAUCGUGAUAGUGAUCGGCAACAUGCUCGUGAUCAUCGCCAUCGCCACGGAGAAGGCGCUGAAGAACAUACAGAACUGGUUCAUCGCCAGUCUGGCGGUGGCCGACUUCUUUCUCGGCCUCGUCAUAAUGCCGUUCUCGCUGGCCAACGAGAUAAUGGGCUACUGGAUCUUCGGUUACUGGUGGUGCGACAUACACUCGGCGAUGGACGUGCUGCUGUGCACCGCCAGUAUCAUGAAUCUGUGCUUGAUCAGUUUGGACCGGUUCUGGAGCAUCACCAAAGCCGUGGAUUAUCUGAAGAAGCGCACCCCGACGAGGGCCGCGCUCAUGAUCGCCAUGGUCUGGGUGCUGUCGGCGGUGAUCUGCAUACCGCCGCUGCUCGGCUGGAAGAGGUCGCCGCCCGAGGAGGAGUAUCCCAAAUGCAAGCUCUCGGAAGACAUAGGCUACGUGAUUUACUCGGCGCUCGGCAGUUUCUACAUACCCUCGUGCAUCAUGGUGUUCGUCUACAUCAGGAUAUACUUCGCCGCCAAGGCUCGAGCGCGCCGCGGUAUCCGCAAGGCGCCGCGCCCGAGGCCGGCCCAGCCGCCGCCCGAGUCGCCCGACAUACGCCAGACGAGCUUCACCCAGCUCACGAGCUCGACCGGGGCCGGGGGCGGUCUCAGCAUCGGCGAGGCGAAAAAAUCGCCGAGCUCGACGAUGGAGAACGUUGCCACGAUCGAGGCGCAGCCUGUGCAAAUACCGAUCGUCACCUGCGACUUCGCCAGCGACGUCAGCACCUCGGAGGCCGAUCCGAACAACGGGGGUGGCCAGCUCGGCAUGGACGAGAAGGACACGCUCAAGGUGAGCAUGCCGCUGUCGAUGUCGCAGAAGACGAAUCUCAAGGCGACGCUCUCGGUGAACGGCGAGGGCCAGUCGAACAUUCCCUCGCGCUGUCGCGCGCCCUCCGUCGGCAUCGACGUGGACAUGGUGUCGGAGCUCGACCCGUCGUCCUCGGACAGCGGCGUCGUGUCGCGCUGCGCCGUCGUCAAGCCGCUCAAGCUGCGCUUCUGCAAGCCCAUCUUCGGCCGCAAGGCCCUGGAGAAGAUGCGCCAGCAGCAUCAUCAUCAUCAUCAUCACCAGCAGUCGCAUCACCAGCAGCCGCAUCACCAGCAGCAGCAGCACUUCGGCGGCGGCAGCUUCAACAGCGACCAGGACGACAAUCGCAGCCAGCGCGACAUCAUCGUCGUGGAGAAGCCGCAGAAGCCGCGCGAUCCCGAGCGCGAGAAGCGCCGUCUGGCGCGCAAGAAGGAGAAGCGCGCCACCCUCAUACUGGGCCUGAUCAUGGGCAGCUUCAUCGCCUGCUGGCUGCCCUUCUUCUUUCUCUACAUCGUCAAGCCGAUGUUCCCGAAUCUGGCGAUACCCGAGCAGGCGUUCGCGAUCGCCUUCUGGCUCGGCUACAUGAACUCGGCCCUCAAUCCCGUCAUCUACACGGUCUUCAACAAGGACUUUCGCCGAGCCUUCAGAAGGAUACUCUUCAAAUGAGCCGGUGGCGGGGUUCCGCUGUCGCCUUGAGAACGAGCAGAGAAAGAGAGAGAGGGACAGACUUUUUCCAUUGCUAUUAUUCUAUUCUGGCUCGAGGACUACUCGUCGCAUCUGCCGUACGCUGAAACACUGCUCGAAGGUAUCCGUCGCAUCGAAUAAGAAGACAGAAAAAAUAAAUCAAGCAUACUAAUGGGCAGACGCAGACGAGAGAACGCGAACAAACAAAGGUUGUUUCAACUGGAAAAUUCAACGUGACUUACUCCCACAUACCUGAGCGAGGCGAGCCGAGUGUCUUUAAAAGCGAAGAAAUCAAAGCGGACCAAAUGAAUCGGCUAAAGUCUCGCGCGCAGCUACAACGGAUGGACGUCACUCAUCGUUUAUAAAUAUAUAUUAUAUUAGUAUAUAAAAUGAAGCAUUAUUAUCGAGUGCAGGCGCAGAGAUAACCGUCCGUGUACUCUUAUAACUACCCUCCCACGAGUAUGUAGAUCUUUCGUUUUCUUGCCUCCCACUAGCUGCUCGCUGCUGCCGUUACUGUACGGUUGGUGCGACGACACGGCGGCAGCGACAGAUCGACAGAUCGAGAGUCUGAGCCACUGCGUGUGUAAUUAUCAUGAAAUAACAGCCGAUUCUCUCGUUCUUCCGCACAUCCUCGCUAGUGAUCGCACUGUAUUAUUCACCAUGUUAAAUUGAUAAGAAUUCUUGGAUCUCGAUGCGUAUGUGUGUGCGUGUACUGAACACGUGUACGUAAAUAUUGAUACAAAAAUAUAAUGCGUAUGCAUAUUAGGCACAGCGUGUGUAUGUCUGAAACACGACAUUCAAUGGUGCCUUUCGAUUCGAUGAAUGACAAUUUUUUUUUUUUCAUCUAGCUAUUUUCUCCCUCUCGACUUUUCGAUACAGACGGACGGACUCACGUAAAUCCACUCGGUUUUUUUUCGUUUGCCUCGUUGUGGCCUCGCAAUGUUAUACCCCUUUUAUACAUUAUAACGUGAAUAUUUGCAAAUGCGGGUUCACGCUAAUUGGUCGAGUCGACACCGUAUCGUAUGAAGGCUCGGCCUUUAUUCCAAGGGCACGAGUAUUAUGUGGGAACUCUAAAUUUUUGCCCAGUGAAAUAUAUGAUUCUGUUUUAUCUUGGGUCAAUGGGCAUGCGUGCAUUGUUCAUAUUCAAAUACUUUUGUGAAAAAAACAUGAAAAAAUUCGAAGCUAAAAAUUCAUUCAAGAGGAAAAACGAAAAAUAAUCUGAAGAAUUAUCUUUACUUAACUUGAAAAAUAAAAAUGAGGAUAUUAAUUUUUCUUUUGUCAUAUGGAUAUGUCAACGAAAAUAUCACUCUAUGAUACAAAGCCUCCGGACCAAUAUUAGAGAGGUAAAAAUUAUUCUCAAACUGCAAGCUUUUUAAAGUUCAUUACAUACUGUAUUUAUAAUGGCAAAUUUUACUAAUAAGACUGUCACAGCGACUAAACAAAAUAAAAUCACGACAAGAGAAAUAUAAUUUCGCAUGAAUUCGCCUAAAAAACUAACUGUACGUAUCAAUAAUCAACAAAUGAUACAAUAUUUAGAGAAUCGACUGACCACCAGAUGGCAGUGAAAUAAAUAUCUAAUAGAUAUUGUUAAAAGUUAAAUUCAUAGGAAUUUUAAGUUAUGCAAUUGAAUAAUAUUUUUACGAGACACAUCAGCAUUUGGGAUGGUUUCAAUUGUCAUUUUUAUCUAAACAAUGCCCCCCCCCCCUCAUUUUUGUUUUGACUAAAUUGUACAUUGACUAGACAAAUACUAUUAACUCACUCAUCUUACCCUUACAUUAACAGCAAUUAUGAUUGAAUUAUCAGUAGUUUUGGGUUUUUGAAAAUUAGGAAAAAAAACAAUUUCAAGACUCGAAGAUUUUUAAUCAAAAUAUAAAAUUGAUCAAUAUACAAUCAAGCAGACAAUCGUCGUUAAUAUACUCUCUUAGAUCAUUUUAUUUCUUAUUUGGAGUUUUCAAAGUCAAACUUUUUCAAUAAAUCAGUUACUUGACUCGAAAAAUGUUGCAAUACUUUGAGAUCGUAUAGAUGAAAAGGAAGAAAAAAUUUAAAUUAGGAACAAGUUUCAUCGUGAAUUACUUUGCAUAGAAAUCUCGAAAAAAAAAUUAUCAUCGUCAACUUUUUGGAUCGAAUACCUAGGGCACGCGCUUUCCACCCGAUUUUCCAUCGCUGAGCGCAACACUGUUCAAGAAUGAACAUUUAAGGCGUACGCGCGAAUACAUAAAUUUUGUACGCGAUCUGCACACGCGAGAGACGCGCGAGGGGUUUGCGAAACAUCUUAUCUUUUAACCCUUCUUCAAACGACCACUUGAGAAACUCAUCCGGUUCGCGUGCAUUAUAUACGAGGGGAAAAAAAAGAAAAAAAAAGAAGACGAGAAAGAUCAAGCUCUUUGGAAAUUUCUUUUUUUUUAUGUGUCACUGUGUCUUAUACACAUAUAUAUCACACCCAUACGCAAUCUUAAAAUUGAGAUCUCCGUUAGACAGGAACACACGUCGACGAGUACUCUUGAGAUAUGUAGAGGAUAAACGUAAGAUUAUUAUCAAUCCAAGGCAAAGCUUCGAAAUUUUUCAUCACGAUAAUGACAAUCCAUUUCGAUAGUAUAGAAAAAACGAGAAAAUUUCUAAAUCGACAGGAGCACGGUCGGCUUUUGCGUUGAGAGGAAAAAAAAACUACCAAGAGCCAGCGGAUAGAAAAAAGAACUCUUGUUUACGAAAAACAAUUUAUAAUUGUACUCCUAACAUAAAUACGAAUGCCAUUGAGUGUUUGUAUACUUAUCGUAAAUUAUAAAUAUAGGUUGACAAAAAAAACCGGACGUUUAUUCCAAUAAAUUCUUUAAACAAAAUAUAA